AUGAAGAGCGCUGCCCAGGCGGCGGUCCCAUUGACGAAGAAGCACGCACCGUAUGUCGUUUCCUGCGGCACCCCACCGCUCCCGCCUUUCACUGUGACGGAUGAGUCGAUGCCAGUGGCCUCAGCCGCGGCCACGCGUAAACCGUACACGUAUCGGGGGCCGAACACUGGGCCAAAUCCCGCUCAGCGGCUGCACCAAGAGUUCAAGUCGCUCUCGAAGGAGGAGAGGCAGCGGCUUGUGGAAGAGGAAGCAGCUGACACUGACCUGCUUAGCCGCACUGUCCACCUACGCUUCCUCCCCACUGGUAUGAAGCAAGGAGAGUUGGCCUCCAUCUGCGCCGAGUGUGGAGAGUACCUGCGCGUACGUAUCUGUGGCAACUCUACUAAUACACAAAACUGGAUCUAUGGCUUCGUCGAGUUCGCCGAUCGCCGGGGUGCAGAUGAGAUGAUGCGGCGAAGUGGCAUGGAGCUGCCAAACGGCGCGGGGAAACCACCGCUUCGACUUAAAUGCAAUGCGGCCAAGCAGGCAAUUGUCGAUCGUGUGUUUCACGACGCGGACCCAGCGACAAACAUGGCGUGCAUCUUCGGCUCCGGCAACUUUGCGCACCGCACACUGAAGGAGGCUGUUGACAGUUACCACAACCUCAAGAAGAAGGAGGGCUGGAUGAUGAAUGCCCAGGUCCACAUGCCCAACUCCUCACAUACACCGAGUUUUAGCAACAACAACCACAACAAGAACUAUAUUAACGGAACUGACGGUCGUCAGCUUCCGUUGCCGCGGCACCACAAGCAGCAAUACGACGACACCACGUCGUCGCAGCAGGCCCCGGCACCGGCUGUAUCCCGCUCGCACUCCGGCUCCAACUCCGAUGAAGAGUCCGCCGGUAUCACACCACUCAUGCGCGGUUCGUUAACGAAGGGCAUCGGAACUCUUGUCAACGAGAGGGUUGCCACCCCAACACUCUUCCUGCAAAACGAAAGGGAGGCAUUCUUCGCAUGCCAAACUGGUAACUGCAGCCGCGAUGGAUACAGUGAUGCCACAGGCUCACCUGAUGGUCACAGUUCGCCGCCAUUUAUGUUACCACUUGCGACUCUUUCGCUUGAUUCCAGUGCACCACUGACUUCCCCACCACCACCUCCUCCUACGCCGCCGCUAUCUUCGCAAUGCCACGUGGUGGAGCGUGGGCAGGCGCUGGUGCUUGUAGCGAUGCGCUGUAUUCGGCAGUAUCUCGCGACGGGUGAACAUUUUUAUGACGCCAUUGGCACUCUUCACACACUUCAAAGUGUCCUGAAUGAGAAUGUGUUUCGUCUCGAGGAGCUGCAGUCAUCAGUUGUGGGGAUAGAGGAGAUGGAGUUGUUGCAGCGCGCCACAAAACUCCAUCUCCUCGUGCACCUGCUACUCGCCCUUCUUUAUGUUUGCAAAGGGAGCACGGAGGAGGCGCUGGAUGCCAUUCACAACAUCGUGACGAGCUGCAAUGCGAUACCAGCUAUGUUUCUACACAAGCAGCUACCUUUCGCCUCUUCUGCUGGUGCUGCAGCUGAUGCAAUGUGCAUCAUUUCCCCAUCUGUUGCAAUGGACGACAGAGGUGAACCCACUGAAGCGAUGAUGAUGGAUGGAGAUGCAUCCCCAAAGGAGGAGACAAGCUGUGUAUUUAAUCCACUGCUCCAGGCCUUUGAUUUCUCGAAUGUGAUUGGCUCGAACGGAGAAGACGACCAGGAAGUCGCUGUUGUGAGCGCUGCGAUGGGUGUUCUGCCUUUGGAGGAUCAGGACGACACACCACGAAUAUUGCCUAAGCAUCACGAACAGAUGUAUCAACGCAAUGUGCAGUUUCAGUCGUAUAUACUCGACGUGCUUCUCACUGUUGGGCUCGCGAUGGAGACGACGCACCCAGUGGUGACGCGCUGCGUGUACGUGCUAGCCUCCCGACGUGCAAAGGAGGUACUGGGCAUCACGCUUCCGGCGUUGGAGCAGACACUACGUGACGGCGGUGUGCAUCGUCUGCGCUCCACACUUUUCCCACAGCUCGACAAUGAUGCCUUUUCAAUGGCAUUCUUCGAGGCGUUCGACGUGGAUGCUGCUUCGGCGGAGGAAAUCUUCUGGGCCUUGCUGCCGCCGCACCACGUGGUGCGCUGCUUCUCAGCUGCGGCGUGCGGGGCGUGA